UGCAGUAUAUCCGGCCCCUCGGUGCUCUGCUCUCCUCACCACACUACCGCUCCCGCCUGGCUUCUGUACCGCUACCAUCGCCACCACUACCACUGCCACCAUCACCAGUCCCUUUUGUUUGUGAUGACGCGGUGGUGCCGGCGGGCGUGUGUGUCGUGGGCGUGAGCAAGGCAUACAGACUGUCGCACGUGCUGGCUUCUGUGACAGUAGCUGGAGGCGGCGGUGUUCCUUGGGGCUUGGCGUAUUCGAGGUGCGCCAGAUUGAAGAAAAGGUAUGUAGAUGCGUCACGGAGCAGCGAAGGAAUGAAAGCUGGGUGUAGGACACCGAGCAAGGGGCGGGGGCCACAGCAGGGAGGCGGCCUUAGGCACCUCAAGAUGCCCCCCGUCAAGAAGACUUCCAACGCCACCAAGUUUAAAGCAAAGACAACCAAGAAGGAGAGUGUGGUGAACCCCAGCACUCUGCGGAGGACCAGCGAGGGCCGGACACCCACCAAGCGCUCCUCCUCUUCCUCCUGCAGCGAGUCUUCUCCAAAGUCUUCAUCAGGAGUGUCCUCACGAAGCAGGUCCUCCAACUCCAGCAGCCUGUCCCCCAGCAGAGCACCCAGCAGAGUCACAGGCAGAUCCCCAGCUCGCAGGUCUUGUGGCAGAUCUCCAAACAGAGGAGCUGAUAGUGCCAAAGUGAAUGGAAAAGGGGCCAGGGCUGCACAAAAGGGAGAUGCAGGCACCUCCAAACUGUCAAAAAUUGCAGAGAACGCUGGUGGUAGUCUUAAGACCAAAGCAAUAUCUGAGAAAAAGCAGGACUUGGCUAAGACGAAGAAAACCACUUCCUCUGAUAGCAACAAGUCAGCCUCACAAAGUGCCAAAGUGUCGCCUGCAGAGAAAGGAAAAAAGUCCUCCCCAAAGUGUCGACGUAACUCUGAGUCCAAGACUGAGGGCAAUGCAAAGUCCAGUGAUGAGAAGGAGGAGAGUGAUAGAGAUGGAAAGAAAAAGACUACUAAGAAAACAAAAUAUGCCUCUGCCUCUGAGAAACAAGAAAGUGACAAGGACCUAAAAAAGAAAACAAAGAAAAGUGAGGACAAAAAAGGGGAUACUGACAAGGUGACCAAAAACAAAUCAAGGAAAAGUGAUGAGAAAAAUGACACGGAAUGUGAGAGCAAAAGAAAAUCAAAGAAAGGUGCAGAUAAAGUGUGUGAAAGUCCAGGAAAAGUGAAAGAAAGCAAGAUAAAGGAGGAAAAAGAUGAUACUGAGGGACAGACCAAAGAGGAGUGUGAAAAGGACAGGAAACAGAAAGACGACAGUGAUAAAGAUGCAAAGAAAAGAGAUGACCAGAAAAUGAAUAAUGUGAAAGACGAAAAUGAAUUAAACAUAAAGCAGGAAAGUGACGAGGUUAACAAGAAAAACGAUGACAGUGACAAACAGCCAGAAAAGAAGAAAGGAAAAAAACUCACAGUGGACGAUGAUGAGGAGAAGGAGGACACUAAGGGUCGAAAAAUGAAGGAAGACAAGAGUGAAGGAAGAAAAACAAAUGAUACGGGAGAUUCCUCAGUUGUGAAGUCUGAAAAAGAACCUGCAUCCUUGAAUAAAGAUGGCAAACUGUCUUCUCCGGGAAAACGUGACAAAGCAGGUAAAGGUGAAGCCAAAGACAUGAUUGAGGAUGGGAGCUCUAACACAAGCAAGCCAAAGAAGAAGAGUGCAGUGAAGAAGAUCCUUGCCAGCGAGGGAGAGAACGGCUACAUCAAGGAGGAGAAGGAGAAGAAGCCUGCUGCCAGCAAGAAGGACAGCCUAGCACACAGUGAAGGAAAGGAAAGAAAUAAAUCUCUCUCUUCUUCCCAGGAAACACUUGUGCCCAAAAAGCGAGGGAGGCCUAAAGGAAGUAAGAAUAAGAGGAAGAAUGAUGGCUUACCACCUGCAAGGGUCAAGAAGGACAAACAGAAGACAGAAAAGAAACAGAGCAUAGGAAAAGUCACCAAGAGUAAGAAGGAGAGGAGCGAGUUCUCCUUCUCUGAGAGUGAGGGCGAGAGAGAGGAGAAGAUGGUCAAGCUAAAGAAGGGAAGCAAGACCAAGCACAAGAUAUGCGAAGAGAAGGAAGUGCUUGAUGAUGAGGAGAAUUCAAGCUCUGAUAGCUCUUCAUCUGAUGAGGAAAGCCCCAAUUCCUUCAAGGGUAUCAGCAAGGCAAAACUCUAUGGGGGACACACUGACUAUCCCAAGAAAGUCGUCAUUGGGGGCAAAGUGUACAAACUGAAACGUGAGACUCCAAAAUCUCGACUCAACAGCAAGAAAGCACCAAGCAAAUUUCAUCAAAACAGUAAGAUAAAGAAACACUCGGUUCAUGUUUUCGAUUCAGAAGAGGAAAGUGAGAGAGACAUGGAGGUCAACAAGAUUGUCAAGAUGAGGUCAGACUACAGUGAAAGCAGUGACUCUGAGAUCAUUAAAAAACCUAAGAAACCCAGUGAUUGUCUUAAUGAGGAAACCAGUUAUGAUGACAUGUCAGAUGAUGAUGAGGAUUGGGGAACUAGAAAGCCUCGUAAAAGGCAGACAAAGAAGGCCAGGACUAGGAAAGGAAUGAUGCCAUUGAAAAAUAACUUAACAGAAAGAAUGAGUGAGAAAAGUGAUGAUGAUAAGGAUGAUGACACUGAUGAAGAGGAGGAGGAAGAAGAGGAGGAGGAUGGGGAUGAUUAUGGGACCCUCAAAUCAAACAGAAGAGGACCGAUGAACAGUAAAGAAGGAGUAAUGAGGAAUAAAAGAAGCAGCACAAACCAAAAAAGGGCCAAAGAAAUACUGCCUCCCAAACGAAAUCUGAAAUCAGAAUCAUCAGAAGAAGAAAAUGAUGAAGAAGAACAAGAUGUGAUCAAAAAGUCUCACAAAAAGCUGUCCUACAAAAACUCGAGCAGAGCCCACAAAAAGUCUUCCAAAGAUGCAUCUCACGUAGCUGUUAAGAAAUCCAAGAAAGUCACAUUCUUCAAGAAAAGUUCCAGAAGCAAGGAUGAUUCUUCUGAAGAUGAGGAAAGUGACAAGGAAAGUGACAGUGAGUAUGAGGCACACUCCAGAAAGAGGACUGGGAAGGGGACUCUGAAGACCAAGAAACACAUCAAGAACAACAAAAGGAACAUGAACCCAGCACCCCCCCGGCGAGCGAAAAGGAUGGCCAGCCUCAAUGCCCGGGCCAUGAUGCACUGCAUGAAUGAGGACGCCAGGAUCCCCCUCCCCACCCUGCCUGUCUCCACUGCCAAGAACGACAACAUGGCACUCAUCCUCAGGGACCCAGUGAUCCAUGACACCCACUCGGAGGAGUCUGAUGAGGAGGACAGGGACUACGACUCUGAUGAUGACAAACGUGGCAAACGGAGGAAGAACAUCAAAAGGAAAAACGAGGAAGAAAAUGAAAAAAAAGUGAAAAUUAAAAGGAAACGAAGGAGAGGAGAGUUGGACGUUCACAUGGACAUGCGUGAUAUGGUGGUCACCAAGCGUAUGGCCAGCCUCAACGCCUCAGCCAUCAUGGCUGCCAGUUAUUCCAGCGAGUCCCGCAAGAGGAAUCCAACAGCAACCACCACGAGCUCCUCGGCUGAAAGUGAAAUAACCAAUGUUGACAUAAAGAGAAAAAUCUCAGUCAAGUCUACCAAGGAACGAAACACAACCACCAGCAGUGUCAUCACUGUGGAGGAAACCACCAAGAAGGUGAAGAAAGCCCAGGGCAGCAGGGAAACGGAGGUGGAGGAGCACAUCAUCGUCAAGAAAAAGGUCAAGAGGCAAGGAGGCACAGACUCGGACCAAGAGGACGGCAACGCCACCGACAACUCAGAACUUGCAAGUGACAUUUUGACGAGAAGUUCUGAAGAACCAAAGGGAAUGAUGGAGGAGUCGACCUGUACCUUCAUCACCACCCACACCCCGACAGCUCCCCAGACUGUGACCAUCUCAGGGGAGAGCACAUACUGCAUCACCUCCAGCGAUGGCAAGACCACCACCAUGGUGAAACAAGUGCAGCGCAAAACCACCACCACCGGAGGCUCCACCACCUCAGCACCCCCCACUGCCUGCAUUCCACCCACCCACCACGUGCAGCCUCAGCCACAGAACAACAACUACCCCAUGGCAGCACAGAAGCCUGACAACUACAGUCCCCUGGGUGCCCUGUCCACCAUGCAGCCUGUCAUGAGUCCUGGAGGCACCCCACACCACCACCACCAUCACCACCACCACCACCAGCCACAUCCACCUCCACACCACCAGCCUCCUCCACCCAUCCACCCGUCACACCUACCUCCUCCCCAUCUUCAGCCCCCUCACCACCAUCCCCCAUCACACCACCCACCUCCCCAUGCAUCCCCACACAGCUAUCCUCAGUCUCACCACCACCAUCCUCACCAUCAGCCAUACCAUCCACCCCCAUCCAGCCACCCCCACCCCACCUCUGGUCCGCCAGGGCACCACUGUGGGUAUCGGCCCCCUCCCCAGACGCCCCCGAGUGGAAGCAGUGGAGCGGCAGGCGGCUCCUGUCAGGGGAAUCACCCUCCCUCUGUGGUGGGUCCCCCCAUGGUGGGCCCAUAUCCUAGUCACUCCUCCCCAGGGUAUGUGGCCCCAGGACACACAGUAUCACCUGGCCACUCCACCCAUCCCCCCCAUCACUCCCCCAAGCAGAUGGCCUCCCCAAACCAAGUGUCUCCAAGCAUAAAGAGUCCACAAGGAGGCAGCGGAGGCCCUCAUCCCUCCAAUGGCUCCCAGCGGCCCGCUCCACUCACUGCUGGCCAAGUGGAGCGGCACCACUCUGCCUUCACGGCUCCGGCACCCUCAACUCACUCCCCGGCAGCAUCUACUCCUGCAGGCUACCAGCCAGUGAGUGGGCCCAUGCCAGUCAAACCGAAUUACACAGCCACCACCUCUGAUGGCUCCGGCCCCUACAAGGCUCCCAAAGGUUCACCAGUGGCAGCGGCCCCCCCUUACUCCUCUCCCCCAAGGCUCACCUCUCCUCCACUCCCUAUCAAGGCUCCCCCAAGCCAGUCUGGCUCCGAGCCUUACUCUCCUCCUUACCAAUACCAUGCCUACAGUUACCACCCAGCCCCUCCUCCUCCCCCACCUCCCCCUCCCCCUGCCCCACAUGUGGCACCCUAUGACAAGUACUACCCCCGGGGAGCCACUUACCACUUCUAUCCUCCCACAUACUCUGGGGGCCAGUACCCCCCGACUGCCUCGAGUGCUGAAUACUCUUAUCCUCCCCCGCCAUCAGGAGGCAUGCACUACUCUCAGGAGAGCUACACCUCCUACACCCUGUGUGUGCCCAACGCCCCUCCCCAGGGCCCUCCCCAGGCACUUGCCCUGCCCCCCCCACCUCCCACCUCCAACGGUCCUCACCCCCCUGCGUAUGCCACAUAUCACUACACGGAAUACACUCCGGUCUUCGCGUAUCCUCCCACGGGUACGAUUGUUAAGAUAAACCUCAUAGGACCCUCCUCACAGAGUACAAUAUGCUGUCCAGUGGAUCCAAAAAACGUGUAUACCUGGCCCCCUACUAGAAAUGGUAGAGGGUCAGAAGGUUCAAGCAAUUCGAAUCAGUGCAGUGGACUGGACCAGGGGAGUGGUGCCGGGUAUCAGUAUUCAUAUCGUCCCACCCAGCAGCCACCCCAGCCCUCCAGCAAUGGUGCCCCACAGGGCUGCGGCACACCCUCCGUGUACCAGUCUGGUCCCCUCACGACUGUCAUGACCACCGGCACGCAGCCCACCAUCCAGGUGUUUGGUGCUGUCAUGCCCCAGCAGACGGUCACCCUGAUCCCACCCCAGGAAUCGCAGACAGUCAGUGCUCCUCCUCCCAGUGUCCCCCCACCAGUGCCUGCCCCAGUGCCUCCCGUUGUGCCUCUUUCUCAGCCUCAACUCACCACCGCCACAACCAUGGUGGCCAUGGCACCCAUCAGUGUUACUGUGCCCCUCACCCCUGGGGCCACACAUGCCUCCCAGGCCAGCACUGUUCCAGCACAAGCAAGCACAACUGCCUCUGGGAUUUCUGAGCCUUCUGUACCUGCUCGACACCACACAUCUGCUUAUGGGUCUGGUACUGUGUCUCAGUUAGCCACAGCUAAUAGUUGUAGUACUUCAACCUCUGAGGCAUCCUCAGUGACAGCAUUGCCCCCACAGCCCAUCUCAGCUGCCUCCUCUGAGACACCUUCAUUCACCACUGCUGUUGUUACUGGAGUUCCUCAGACUGCAGUUAACCUGUCACUGCCAGUCACAACUGGUGUUACUGGAAGGACACAUCCAGUUGUGUCUUCAACUGACAGAACUUCUGUGUUGCCACAGACGGCUACAACUCCUUCACAAAUAGCUACUGUGUCAGCAAACUCUCAGGUCUCCCUGCCCAUGUUGAGUCCCACUCAGACCACAGCCACUAUCAUCUCAAGCAAACCUCAGUCCUAUGUGGCCCCUACACAGGUCACAGCAGGUGUGGUGGCUGGAGUGCCUCACCACACAGCCACCUCAACACACGGCACCACAGCCAUAGUCACAGGUGUACCUCAGACUGGUGUAGUGACCACCAAUGUCACCACGGCAGUAGUUACUGGUGUUCCUCAGCCCUCUGUUGCUCCUGUGGCUGUGAGCUCAUACCAGGUCUUGCCAUCUUCAGAGUGUACUAAAGCUGCUGAAAUAAGACCAGCUCAGUGUGCACCACUCCCUGCCAGGGUCACCACCACCCACGCCUCCACCAAUUAUCACACUGUGACACAAACUUUGCCAAGCAACAAAGCAAUAUCUCAUUCACCACAAGGUGCAGGUAAUCUCACUGAAGUUAGUACAACUGAGAGUCAAUUACAGGAACAAACUGCAAAGACUGAGGCAGUCACCCAGGACAGUGUUGUAAGUGGAGGUAAGCCUCACUUAGUUAAUACACACUUCACAACCUCUAGUGUGUCUGGUGCUCAGAAGACUCCCAUCAGCCCCCCACACAUGCCCCACUCAGCCGUCGCUAGCAGCCAGGAGUCUCACCAGGUGUCAUCCAAGAUCAUGAUGGCCGUUGUGACAGGUGUGCCCAAACCCAUGGCUGGCUCCACCCACAUCAACACAGCAGUGGUGUCGGGCGUUCCCCGAGUGCCUGCGGGGACAGCCUGCAGCCCCACUGGUGCCACGGCCAUCCUCGCCCCAGCCAGCCACAUGAAAGAUGCAGCCAGAAUUUCUCUCACUGAUAUUCCAAAGAAACCUCUCUCAACAAUACAAUCUUCCCAAGAUACUCAAGAAAAGAUCAGUCGCAGCUUAUCUCCACCAAGUGAUGUUUGUAAAAGUGUAGCUGUCCUUCACAAAGUUUCUCCCAAUCAGAGUGUGCAGCAUUUUGCCAAAGCUGCAAGCAUAGUGAGUGACAGUAAAUCUCUUUCACACGUCAAAGAUGCCAUAGACCUCACCAUUGCUGAGCCACAGACCACAAAGCCAAGAAGAGCACUAGAAGCUCAUGGGAAUUUAUAUAAAGAUGGGAUGCAAAACACUUGUUCAGUGCCUCCAAUGGAUGAGAGUGGUGUAAUAAUUAGGGAUUGCAUUCCUGCAAAGAAGAGGAAAAUUAACUGUUCAGUUCCUGCACAAACAAUAGAACCUUCUGCAUCUGUAAGCACUGCCAUAUCUACUCCACUCACCCCUCCCUCCUCCAGUGUGGGCUGUUUGUCAAGCAGAAACUGGAGUCCAACACAACCAGGAAUCACUUCUGACACUGUUGUGUCUUGUGCCUCUAACAGUGUGAAUGAAAUGCCAGCAACACCCUCUUUGGACAAUCCCAGUGCAGGUGUUCAGGGGUUGUCCAAAGUGCAAGGCCUCAGUGUUGGUGAGGUGCGGACCAAUUUAAACUCAUUUACACCCAGUCCCUUAUCACUGUCAUCUCUGGGACACAACCAGGCUCCAGUUUUUUCUCAUCCAAAAAGUGUAACUUGCAGCAAUAGCACAUCAGUUGUGUGCUCCUCUGUUACACCACCUCCCACUAGUCAGGCUGGAGGCAUCACCUCUGUUGUAAGAGAUGUGCCAAGACUAAAUGUACAUACUGAUGUUGCACAAAACAAGGACAAUGAAGGAAACAAAGGUACAACCAACAGCAAUCCUCCACAACAGGGGUACCAGAGGUCAGGGCCCCGCCAUCUGCUUUGUCAGACGCUGCCAACACCAACACUUGCAAAAACAGCCACUGCUCCAUUAGCCAAGCCCAAAUCAUCCUCCACAAGCAAUGUUCCAAAAUUAUUGGUUAAAUCUGAGGAAAAGCCCAAAGAUGUGAAACCAAAUAUCAUGGGAAAUGUUCCUAUAAACCAAAGUACUUCACUAUCAUUUGAACUGUCAUCUAAUGUUAUAAGCAAUAACAACAACUCUGCUAAAGAAGAACUUGAGUCUGAUUUUUUAGACGUAAAGACGGACUUGGCCCCUAUAGUCCGAAAAAGAGGCAGACCUCCCAAGACCAGAGACACAAGCAGUGACAGCAACACUUCGGAGACAUCAACCCCAAACUCUAGUGCUCCACUUAGCCAGGAAACAAAAAAAAGCAACUCUCCUUCUAAAACUCUCCAGAAUGCAAAUGAAAAUGAAACUCAAAAGAAUAAGUCUGCUGAUGGAAAUUCUCAAGGUGGCAAAAUCUUGCGAUCACGCACAGAAGAAAAGAAAAAAGAAAAUUCGCAGUCUUCAAGUAUUUCUCCCUCACUCUCUAAGCAAGCAGAAGAUUCCAAAGCAGACAUAAAGCCUGCUGGAGCAAUGAACAUUAAAACGGAAGUUUUACCAAAAAUCAAGACUGAAAAAGUGUCUCCCAAAGGAUCAGCCAAGAUGUCUUCUUUUAAAAUGUGUCCAAAAGAUGUCUCCCAUUUUAAGACCAAAAUUGUGGAAGGUCCUGAUGAAAUACCUUUGAAAAGUGGCUCCAUUCCAAAAAAGUUCGACCUGCCUUCCCCUUCCAAAGGUGGGGGAGUGACAGAGACUUUGAAGCCAACUAAAGUCUUGCGUGACAUGAAGAAGCCCAAUAUAGGAUUGCUGAGUGACCAAAGAGUGCCCAAAAAUAGUUUAGUUGCAUCGAAAUCAAAAUCGAAAGAGGCGGCUGACAAGAAAUCAACUAAUUCAAAUAACAAUGUGAAACGCAGGAGUGGUGAGAAUGUUGGGGUUGGUGGGAAGGGUGCGGCGUCCUCUAGUACAAAGACCAGUGCUGCUGAGGGUGGUGGCAGGACCUCUGUCGCAGGGAAGAACCAAACCUCAAAAUCACAGAAAGCUGCAAAGUCUACCAAGGCUACCUCACGGCGAUCUCCCCCAAACGGAAGACUUAAUCGUAAGAAAAGUCUGCUCUCCUACUUGAAGGAGGACAUAAACGAGAGCGACACAUCCAGUGUGGACUCUGAAGUGGUCACUGGAGGACGGAAGAGAUCACGCAGCAAGGAGGAUCCCCCAAAGUCCAACAGUUCGCCCCUCUUCUGCCCUUCACUGCCAAUCAACGCUGGGUCCCGGAGGAGGAGUGCUGUGAUGCACGGCAAGGGAAAGGCUGCCAAGAAACCUCGGUGGGUCCACAACUGGUCUUGGGAAGGAGAGCCUUUUGAAGGCAAAAUCUGGCUUCGAAAUGAUGAGUUGGAGUUGGACAGGACGUGCUACAGAGCCAUGCGCCACAAGGAGGGCGACAUAGUGCGGGUGAGGGACUGUGUACUGCUGAGGUCAGGCCCACGGAAGACAGACCUCCCAUUUGUUGCUAAGAUUGCCUCUCUGUGGGAAGACCCCGAAACUUCUGACAUGAUGAUGUCCAUACUGUGGUACUACCGGCCAGAACACACCGACUCAGGCCGACGCCCAGACGACCUCCCUGAUGAAAUAUUUGCCUCCAAGCACCGGGACCACCUGAGUGUUGCAUGCAUCGAGGACCGUUGCUAUGUCCUCACCUUCAAUGAGUACUGCAGGUAUAGACGCUUGGUCCGGUUUUUCCAAGAAGGAGUGUACCCAAUGGCUACCCCAGUGCCUGACCCCGAGGAAGGGUAUUGCCGCAAGGAUCGGCUGCCCCCCGGAUGUGUGGUUCCAGACCUCCUGUUCUUCUGCAGACGGGUCUAUGAUUACCGAAUAAAAAGGCUGCUGAAGAACCCUUACUGAGGGUGUGCUUUAGGGGAGGGGCACGGGGCAGGCAGCUACCUGUGGAGGGACACCAACACCGGCUCUGUUGGAUGUGAUGGUGAUGAGGAUGACUCAUUGCAGAAAUUUGAACUGAAUGCACUGAUUAUCUUGUGGCCAAUAAACUGAGUGCUUCUGGAUGUUUGAAGACAUUCCAGACAGUUAUUUGUUUAUAUUAGGGGAAAGAAUAUAUGGAUGGAGGAUAUAUACAUAAAUAUACAUAUAUAUACAUAUAUAUAUAAAUAUUUAUAUAUUAGUAUUUAUAAACUGAAUAUAUUAUGAGAUUGAGUAACAGGACUGAAAAUCAAAUAAGUUAAGGACAGUGAAGGAACUAAGUGAUGUCAUCCUUAUGAUUACUGCCAGUGGUUCUUACUAUAGUGUCACAAUAAGUAUUUUGUCAUAUAAAAUGCCAAUAGGUUUGUACAAAAUACAAAUUUUUAUAUGUAUGCAUUACUUGUGGUGAGCGUCACUUCUUGGCCACCCGUAUAACAUGUUAGUUAAGACUUAUUUAUGAAAAAGCUAAACUUAAGGAACCAAUAAUUCCUUGUUGCCAGUGUUAACUAUCUCCUUGCUUAACAAGUGUAGGUGUUGAGCAAUUACCUUAUUUAAUAAUUAAUGAGAUAUUUUCUGAACCAAAGUUUCAUAUGGUCCUUGAUCUAUUUAUAUUCCUAUGAUUCUUAUCUAGCCAAAUAAUGUCUGUGUUCAAGGAAAACUGUCAGUUUAUACUUGACUCUUCCUAAUGUUUUCUCAGUCUGUAGUUAGAUAACCAUAAGUCAAGAGAAGGCAAGAGAGAGAGUAGUCUAAACCCAAUAGUCUCCGAAAACAUUGAUUCACACUGAGGUGAAGAGUGCUAGAAACUUAGUGAUUAGAGGAUUCUUGACCACACCAAUUUUAUAGUAUACAGCAGCUGACCUGGUUACUUAAAUGUUAAAGAGAACCAUUUGACACAUAUCUCACUGAGUCAUGAUCAUGAGUGUGCAUGUCCUGGUGCAUGGCCAUCAGGGUGGGCAGGUAGCUCCCAGCAGUGGUGCAGCAUCCUCACAAGAGAGACAGACAGAUCUGAACACUGGGGAAUGUUUGCACAGCCGCAGUUGCUGCUGCUGCUCCACCCGGCCCACUGCUUCCUUCCCUCACCUGCCACUCAUUCAUCAUUCAAUACUUGGCUGAAAAUACAUUUGAUACAAACAAAGAGAAUAUAGUAUUAAUAUUUGUAUGUUUAGUUUCAGUUUUCUUUAUUUAUUUGAGGUACAGAAAUAUUUAACCUUAACUUUUAAAUUGUUUGGAAUUUUUAAUUUGACAAUCAUAUUUUUAUAGUUAGUUCUAUUUGAUUUUUGAAAUCAGAAUUAUUAAUUGGAGAUUGAAUUAUGGCUUAUCAAUAUGAAUUAUCAAUUAGUUGUCAAGGACAGGUCUGAAAUUCUUUACCUCGGAGGUAAAUGUGCAUUUUAUUGUAUUUUAUACACUAUAUUAACUGCAGCCUUCUUGUUUUUAUUAAUGUAGUUUUUGGGCUAAUGAUGAAAUUCUUUUAUGCAUAAUUUUGGUAGAACACUUAGGUUGGAAACUAUAAAUGGAAUGAUGGUGUUUUCUAAAAAUUAAUAUUCAUGCAUAAAAACUCACUGAGAUUUGCUCUCUGAACUAUUAGCUAUGAUAACCACUUUCAUCCUAGUCUUUCCUCAAAUUCUCCAUUCCAAGUCUUAAGAAAUGUAGGUAAUUUUAUAGUGUGUGGUGGGCAACCCGAUGCUGCCAGAGGCGGGGUGAGGAAGAUAUUUUUGCAAGUGUAUUGUAACAUCUAAGUGAUAUUCAGAAUUAUAACAGAAAACUUUGUAUUCCUAUUUUUGAGUUUGAUUUCAAAUGUACAAUGUUUUUAUGUGCACAUCUAUAUAUCUAUGUUAUGUUUUUUUUAAAUAUGGUGUUAAUCUUCCAUGUUAAUGCAAUGAAUAACAAGUAUAUAAAAGUGGAAGGUCUGUUCUUUUAGUUCAUAUGUUUUUUUAGACUUUGCAUGCACAAAAUCAGUGGACACAACAAAAUGCUAUGCCCAGACUGUGCAUCUGUUACAAAGCCUGUCUGACAGUGGCACAGACUGGGGGUGCCACUCUGGGCUGGGCCAUUGUGCCCCUCGCUGCUCCACCACUUGGGGGAAAAUAUCAUUGCAAAGGUUCAAGUUUAGUACAGCACGUUUGAUUUGACCUAUACUUUCACUGUUGGUUGCCAUGCACUGCCUUCCUUGCACUUGUAUAAUUGGACACCUUACGACCGAGACUCACAGUUACAGUUUCCCUGGAAGAGCGCACGUACGUAUUCACCUUCUAUCUCGUCGGAUUCCUCGUACUACUGUGUUUGUAACCCUUCGAGUGAAACACAUUUUGAUUCCUGCAUUUUUUCUGUCCUUUCUUUCUGUACUGAUAAGAGACCUGACCAGUUUGUAUUGUGAGAUAGUACUACUACUACUACUACUACUAUUACUACUAUAUGCAGGAAGGCCACUGCUCUGUGCACCCAAUCUACAACUACAUGUGAAGAUGAUUCAUUUUCUAGUGGUACUUUUUUUUAUUUUUUUAUUAUUAAUUAAUUAAUUUUUUUUUUUUUUAUUGUUGUUGUUGCUGCUUGAUAGGCAAUGGGUAUUUUUGUAUCGGUUGAGGCAGAAUGUCACAGAAGCAGUUUUGACAGUAGUUGUUCUCUUGUCCUUCAUCGCUCAGAAGUGUUAAUACAACAGUUUUAAAUUUUUUGUCUUUAUGUCUCUGAAUGCGUCUUUGUUUGGUUCUGACCUGUGGAUGAAAGAUGUGUUAUUAGGUUUCUCAUUGUUAUCAUUGUUAUUAUUGUUUCUCAUUAGUUUACUCUUUUUUUCGUAAUUAAUGUUGUUGUUUUUUUUUUUUGUGUGUGUGUUUAAUUAUACUUCAGAAUUAUGGGAGUUUGAUAAUUACAUUUAUUAUUAUUAUUAUUAUUAUUAUUAUUAUUAUUAUUAUUAUUAUUAUUAUUAUUAUUAUUAUUAUUAUUAUUACUACUCAUUGUUAUUAUUAUUAUUAUUAUUAUUAUUAUUAUUAUUAUUAUUAUUAUUAUUAUUAUUAUUGCAGUUACUAUUCUUUAUCAUUAUCAAUUCUCCAGGCUUUGCUAUUGGAACAACCUUCAGUAGGAGUCACAUAGUUAAAACAGCUUCCCGGAUAUCUUGCCACCAACCAGCAAAAUAAUGUAAUACUACUUCCCUAUUUUACCGUUCGACUGAGAAGAAAAAAAAGGAGUAGUCUUUCUUUAGAGUAUGAGUGUGGCAAACAGAGGACGUGGAAAUUGUGUUAACGAAGUCUGUUAUUACCUGUCCCUGUAGUCUGUAGUCCGUGUUUAGGUAGGCCACGUUUUUCCUUCGAAGUCCUUAUCUAGAUCAGAGCUUUUCCGGAGAGUGAUUGGCGGCAAGUCUUGGCCGUCAGUUUGUGUUGUGCUAGUGACUAGGUGAUAGUUAGUCUUUGGGUAAUUUGUUAUGGCAAGGAGUCUAUAUUAUUACAGCAACUGAGUACGAUAAGAUAUUGUACAUAAGAAAAUAGAUUUAUGUUUAAAAUGAAUACAAUUACAAAUUUC